ACUGAUCAGACCGGGUGCCAGGAUUACAGCUCAGUCACUUCUUUCUCCGCUCGUGAUGCAGAGGAAACUGACUGUGGUGGAGGGCAUGGCCUUGGCCCAAGAUGUCGCCAGGAAUUGGGAGCAAAUCCAGAACUUUCAGGCGAGAGAGGGGGACAUAUUACUUGAUACAUACCCCAAAUCCGGAACCACCUGGAUGCAGGAGAUUAUUGACCUAAUAAUGCACGAUGGAGAUGAGCAAAAGUGCAGAAGAGCCCCAAUUUAUGAACGGAUUCCAUUUAUCGAGCUCCUUCAUCUGAUGAAACCAGGUAAAAAGAAUCAGGAGCGGU